CCCAUGAUUUGCCCUUAAAACAAGUAUAAUAAAAGUAGAACAUAACAAGUGGUGACAGCGGUUAUUUAAGUAGAAAUCAACGUUAGUUAUUAUUUAUUUUAAUUGAAAUAAUUUUGGAAACAUCCUUUCUUAAGGAUCGUCUCUGUCAAUGAAUCAUUCAUUAUCUGCCAUUAAUGAAAUAACUUCGAUGGAAGAUCUUAUUGAUACAAACUUUAUUAAAUAUUCUGGUAAAGGCGAUGCCAAGGCUUGGUUAUUACAAACAAUGAAUCAAUUUAAACAAUAUGGAUUACGUCGUCUUGAACAAUUUCAAGCUAUACCAUUUUUAUUAGAAGAUACAGCAUAUUCAUGGUAUACUCAGAAUAAACAGUUAAUUAUUAAUUUUGAAAGAUUUGCCAACUUAUUCCUUAAACAAUACUCAUCUACAUCAUCAACAAUACAAAAUAAUAUUCCUGUAGAGACGGUUGCACCGUCAAUUAUUGCUCCAAAUUUUUUACCUACAUCACACUUACAGCAAACGAUCGUCGGUGAAAUUAUUAAAACACCAACAUAUUGUCGUGGCUCAAAAGAUGAUGUUCACGAUUGGUUAGAAAAAUUAGAACAACGUUUUAAAAUGGCAAAAUGGAAUGAUGAAGAAAAAUUACAAUAUAUUUCAAUACAUUUACAAGAUGAUGCAUAUCGAUGGUGGACACAAACAUCUACGACGAUUAAAUCAUGGUCAUUAUUUACUGAAGCUGUUACAAAUGCUUUUGGAUCAACAAAGGUACAAGAAUUAGCUUUUGAACAAUUAAAAUGGUACAAACAAACGGUUAAUCAAUCUAUUACACAAUAUUAUGAUAAAAUUAUUGAAUUAUGUAAGAAAGUUGAUCCAGCUAUGCCUGAUUCAUUAAAAUUAAAAUAUUUAAUGGCUGGUGUAAAAGAAUCAUUAAAGUUACAUAUUGCUUUAUAUGAUCCACAAACGAUUGAAACAUUUUUAUCAUAUGCAAGAAAAGUAGAAGAUACAUUAUCUUUUACUAAACCUAAUUAUAUAAUACAUCAAUAUAAUGAAUCACAAGAUGUUCAUACAUUUCAACAAUCAUUAUCACCAAUCGCUACUCCUGAAGGACAACAUGAACACAAUGAAUACAAAAAUGUUCAAUAUCCACAACAAGAACUUUUAGACACAAAGGGUGAGAAUAAUUCACGUUAUAAGAAUUCCUUUUAUUCUAGUCCAUCACGUAAUUCAACACCAAAUAAGUGUUCAAGAAUUUGUUAUACAUGUGUAACGGAAGCUUCGCAAGAUGGUGUUGCUUCCUGUAAUAUUAGUACAAAUCCAUCUUUCAAUAACUCAUCAUUAUUUCUUAUAACAACACUUAUUAAUGAUAAAUAUAUGAAAGCUAUGAUAGAUAUGAAUACAUCUCAUACAUUUAUUUCAAUGAAAUCAUUAUCGAAAAUAUGUAGUCAAGAAUUUAUUAAUUCGAUACAUCGUCCAGUAUUUUCUACUCAUGAAAAUAUACCUUUUCCUAUUUAUGGUGAAAUUCCAUUAUCAAUUAAAAUGGGUGAAAUAUUGACUUCAAUUAGAGCAUUUAUUAUUCAAGAUUUAGACGUUGAUUGUAUAUUAGGUAUGGAUUUUAUUAAGAAAUAUAAAUUACAUAUUAAUUCGGAAGAGCAAACCAUGUCGAUUGCUGAUAACAAUAAACGAACAACAUUACAUAUGAAUGUUAAUAAUGGAAAAAUUCGUUUGCCUGUGCGCUUGAUUAAUACUAUUCGGAUUAAACCAAAACAGACUGUUUCUGUUCCCGUUUCUGUUCCAUUAUCAUCAUAUAAAGCGCUAUUUCGACCAUCAUUUAAUUUACAACAACACACACCUUUAGUAAUAUCAAGCUCAUUAAUAUCUGUUAAUGAUUAUACUUCUUUUAUCUCUCUUUAUAAUCCGAAAAGUUAUUCGCAAAUGUUAUCCAAAGGAAUUAUUUUGGGAACAACAACAAUUUCUACAUUACUAUUGAAGAAUAUUUCUACUAUUAACAAACAAUCAAUCUAUAAAAAUCCAAACAAUUCAUUUCAUCCAAACUUGAAAGUAAUGUUAGGCAAAAUUAAUAAAAUUUAUUCGAAACGUAAUAGGCAACCGCUGGAUACGGCGUCUGUUGCUGAAAAAAUUUGUGGCCAAGUCGGUUCUAUUUUUACAUGUCCAAAAAACAAACCAACUAUAUGCAAACGACAACCAGAUCAGUUUGAUACAAAUCAAUUAAAAAUUGAACAAUCUAAAGAUCCACAUAUUCAACAAAAAAUUAAAGAACUAAAACAGAAUCCAAACGGGCAUCCCUAUGUAUUACAAGAUGGAGUGUUAUAUAAAUUAAUGUUAAUGAAGGCCAAUUGUUUAACUAAAGUUAAAUUAAUUUAUUUACCAACUUCCAUGAUUGAUUCGUUUAUUAAAUUUUAUCAUACUGAUCCUAUUGCAGAUUACUCCAGCAUACAACGUAUAUAUUUGAAAUUAAAAAACAAGUUCUGGUGGCCAAAUAUGAAACAAUCUAUUAUCCAAUAUAUAAACACUUGUCUUCAUUGUCAAGAAAAUAGCAAUAGCUAUAUUAAAAAUCCCGAUCAAGCAUAUCCAAAAUCGACUAUUAGCAAACAAAAUUCUACUCAAUUAGUACGAAAUGAGACAACUUCAUUAAUUAAUCGUCAACAUGUUAAUGAUAUUCGACCCAAAUUUAUAAAAUCAAAAUAA